AUGCACUCGUUUCUAGGGCUGGUCGGCCUUCUGGCGGGUGUUUCUGUCUCGUCUGCUGCCCCCUCCGUCCAGAAUAUCACGAGUGAUACCUAUUUCUAUGGCCAGUCACCACCGGUAUACCCAUCGCCUGAGGGUAACGGGACCGGCUCAUGGGCUGUUGCGUACCAAAAGGCAAAGGCCUUUGUCGCGCAGCUCACGUCGGAAGAGAAGGUCAACCUCACGGCCGGUGUCACCUCCGACACGGGUUGUUCUGGAAUGAUCCCCGCGAUUCCGCGAUUGAAUUUCCCUGGACUGUGUGUGUCUGAUGCUGGGGAUGGACUGAGAGGUACGGACUAUGUGAAUAGCUGGCCGAGCGGUAUCCACGCGGGUGCGAGUUGGAAUAAAAAUCUUGCACGGCAGCGGGCGUACCACAUGGGUACUGAAUUCCACAAGAAAGGCGUUAACGUCCUGCUUGGUCCCGUGGUAGCGCCCCUGGGACGCGUUGUUGAAGGCGGCCGGAACUGGGAAGGUUUCUCCAACGACCCGUACCUCAGCGGAGCGCUGGUCUACGAGACAGUCAAAGGCAUUCAGUCGGCCGGCGUGGGCGCCUGCACCAAGGUACGCUUCCCUCAGAGACUCCAGUCGUCAGGAUCUAACCUGGUUCAGCACUUCACUGGCUACGAGCAAGAGACCAACCGAAACCCGGAAACAGUUGACGGGGUAGACAUCGCCUCCGUCUCAUCCAACAUUGACGACAAGGCCAUGCACGAACUGUAUCUCUGGCCGUUCCAGGAUGCCGUGCAUGCCGGGAGUGUUUCGGUGAUGUGCUCUUACCAGCGGAUCAACAAUUCUUACGCAUGCCAGAAUAGCAAGACGCUCAAUGGAUUGCUCAAGACCGAGCUGGGAUUCCAGGGAUACGUCAUGACCGAUUGGUACGGCCAGCACGGCGGAAUCGCUGCGGCAAACGCUGGUCUGGAUAUGGUCAUGCCAUACACGGAGCUCUGGGGAUCCAACUUGACUGAUGCCAUCUCAAAUGGAACAAUGGAAGCAUCCCGUCUGGAUGACAUGGCGACUCGGAUCAUUGCGAGCUGGUAUCAGGUGAACCAGAACAAGAACUUUCCUGCCCCGGGGAUUGGCAUGCCUGCAGAUGUGAACGAACCACAUCAGGCAGUCAUCGGUAAAUCUCCUGAUUCACGUACUACACUACUCCAGGGCGCCAUUGAAGGCCAUGUGUUGGUAAAAAACACUAAACAGGCCCUCCCCCUGCAAUCUCCCAGGCUUCUCUCGGUCUUUGGGUACGACGCAAAGGCAGGGGACAGCCUGAUAGUAAACGAUGUCUCAUUUGUUAACGCUUCUGUUCAAAAAAACCACACCUUGUACGUCGGUGGAGGCUCCGGAACUAACUCCGCAGCUUACGUGCUUGCUCCUCUGGAUGCGGUGCAGCAGCAAGCCUAUGAGGACGGCACCUCUGUUCUCUGGGACGUCGUCUCUGAAGAUCCCGACGUUGACGCUACCACGGACGCAUGCCUGGUAUUCAUCAACGCCUAUGCUACAGAAGGCUAUGAUCGACCCGGGCUGGUUAACAAAGAGAGCGACACCCUCAUAACGAAUGUCGCCGGGAAGUGCAACAACACAAUUGUCACGAUCCACAACGCCGGAAUCCGACUAGUUGGGGAUUGGAUCAACCACGAAAAUGUCACCGCCGUGAUUUUCGCUCAUCUCCCAGGCCAAGAUACUGGGAAAGCCCUCGUUGAGCUGCUCUACGGCCGGGCCAAUCCUUCUGGUCGACUCCCAUACACCGUAGCCAAGCGCGCCGGAGACUACGGCUCCUUGCUGCAUCCAUCGCAGCCAGAGGGAAAAUACGGACUCUUCCCGCAAUCUGACUUCAGCGAGGGCGUGUUUAUCGACUACCGUGCUUUUGAUAAGCAGGGGAUUGAGCCUCAAUUCGAAUUUGGAUUCGGACUGUCAUACACGUCCUUCAACUACUCUGGCUUGGCUGUCAAGAAGGUUAACCGGACUACCGAGCCGUAUCCGGCAUCCGCACCAGUUCAAGAGGGAGGCAACCCGAAUCUAUGGGACGAGAUCCUUACGGUUUCCGCCAAGGUCCAGAACAGCGGGUCAAUGGAUGGAGAUGAAGUCGCCCAGCUGUAUCUGGGUAUCCCCAACGCACCCGUGCGGCAAUUGCGCGGCUUCGAAAAGGUUGGCAUUCCUGCCGGCCAGGCGGUUAAUGUGAAAUUCUCUCUGACCCGGAGGGACCUGAGUGUGUGGGAUACCGAAGCACAGCAAUGGAAGUUGCAGUCGGGAGACUACCAGGUGUAUGUCGGACGCUCAAGCCGGGAUCUGCCACUGAAGGGACAGUUCUCGAUUUAG